AUGGCGCCUAGACAAGAAGUCGCCGCUGCAUCACCGAGCGCUACACGCCGGCUGAGACUUCAAGCUGAGCAGCCCUUUCGGCGAAACCGAAUUUCCCGUCGGAGAGCUCAGCCGCUCUCAAAAAAGACUAUCCAAUACAUCACAGCUCUCUCAGAGGGGCGUGUGUCUUCAAUAAAGGAAGAGACGGAUACUGAGGCCGAGACCGAAACUGAGGCUGAGACGCGGUGGGAGCGAAGUUCUCGUGGAGACGCAAAGACUUUUUGGGUCGAGCAGCUGUACCGCUAUGAGGAGCUGUGA